CCCCAGAUCAGUAACUUUUAUCUGCAACAAUUUCAGCCCAAGAUUUAUCCGACCUUAUCCCCAUCUCGUCUUCCUCAACCCGGAAGGACCCAAUUAUCCUUCGUUUUCUUGAUUAUUGAUUUGAUUCUCUACUGCGGAGGGAGGAGAGAAUAAUGUCGGCGUCUUCUGUCGCAGUGGCAGCCGCUGCUGUCAGAACUUCUUCUUUCUCUUUGCGUUCAAUUUCAAGCGAUCAUCUUUCGCAUCGUUUUUUCAUCCCCGUCGGGACGACUCCGCCGAGAAUUAUCAAGUUUUGUGUAAUAAACUCUCCUCCUUAUUCCCUUCCCUGGUGCCCAGUAACUUGCUGCGCUUCGACUGCAUUCGACAGCGUUGAGCUGAGUAAUGAAGAAGAAGAAGAAGAAGAAGAAGCAGAAAUUGAAGAAGCAGAAUUUGAACAGAAGGAAGAAGAACGACCUGAGCCUCAACAAAGUGGUGUUGAAGAUGCAGUGGUCUCUGAAAUUGAGGAAGGAGAAAAUGACGUGGCGCAAUCUGCGGAUGCUGGUAGGCUAUACGUAGGGAAUUUGCCAUUUUCAAUGACUUCUGCUCAAUUGUCUGAGAUCUUCGCUGAAGCUGGUCGCGUUAUUUCUGUUGAGAUUGUCUAUGAUAGAGUUACCGAUAGAAGUCGAGGAUUCUCUUUUGUUACUAUGGGAAGUGUUGACGAAGCUAGAGAGGCAAUCCGAUUGUUCGAUGGAGCCCAAAUUGGGGGUCGGACUGCGAAGGUGAACUUCCCUGAGGUGCCAAGAGGCGGCGAAAGGGAAGUAAUGGCCCCAAAAAUAAGGAGCAGCUAUCAGGGGUUCGUGGAUAGUCCUCAUAAAAUAUACGCCGGCAAUCUCAGCUGGGGGCUAACAUCUCAGGGCCUGAGGGAAGUCUUUUCCCAACAGCCGGGAUUCCUCAGUGCCAAAGUCAUCUACGACAGGGACUCUGGAAGAUCACGAGGCUUCGGAUUCAUUACAUUUUCAUCGGCUGAAGAUGUGGAGUCUGCGCUGAAUGCCAUGAAUGGAGUGGAGGUAGAAGGCCGGCCGCUAAGGCUGAAUCUGGCGGAGCAGAGAGGUAUUCCUUCUCCAUCGCAGUCAGGAACCUCCGGCGAGCCACUGUCGAGCAUCGCUACCUGAUCGGAGGAAUCCAAUUGUGGUCAAGCCUAGUUUCUGAUCACGGUAAGCAUAUAUCCAUGGGUGUUCAUACACCGAAUAUCUAUAGAUUAGCUGCGGAUCAAUGGUUGGUGUAAUUUUUGAUAACAUAGUUGAGAUCAGAUGUAUUUAUCAUGCAUGUAUGUAUGUAUAUUGUAUAGGGUGUUGGUCUUUUGAACAUCUUGUACCGAACCCAAAAGCGCUGAAACAAUAAAUAAAUAAACUGAAAUCGCAUUUCUAUGAA